UAGUCCUGUAAUUGAGUCAGCCAAGCCAUGAUCCUUUGAUCAAAGAAAUUAUGAUCAAAUAUACCAUUCCAGUUAAGUUUUCUACUGCGAAUGUUUCAAUAUUUCAAAAAAAUGAUGAUAAAUAUAAACCGGACCUAUUACGCCAAACAUUAUCGGGAGAUUCUAAAUUAUGUAUUAUUGGAAGUGAUAACCAUACAGUGUAUAUUCCAAUUUUUGAAAGCACAUUCAACCAACCGAAUUCUACCUACUAUGUGCUUGUUGAAAAUAAUUUUGUCAUCUCUCAAGAGAGAGAUGAACCUUUAGUUGGAAUUAGAAAGAAUAUUUGGACACUUUCAACAAAACCACUUAAAAUGGCACAACACUCAGAUUCAGUUACAGGAUUACUUCGAUUAAAUGAGGAAGGAAGUUCAAAAUUUCUCCAAAUGAAUCAUUCAAUAUUUUUCAAGAAUAUGAUUCAAGAAUUUGCUAAAGUAAUUCCAGUAACUGAACAGAGAUUAUCGACAAGUGGUAAAUGGCAAUAUGACCCUACUUUCCCAAAAAAAGUAUUAUUGUCAUUUACCUUGAUAAACAAAAAAGGGUUUACUGCACUUUCAUUCAAUGAAUAUACAUCUUUAAUUGAUGAAAGUGCCCCUUUUAUAAUGACCCGUAAGUGUGUUCAUUAAAUAUUUUUGA